AUGGAGGUAAGGACAGGAUCAAGAUUGAAAAUGGGAAGUGGAGAGGAGGGAAAGCUUUGGGGAGGCCGAUUCCUCACAGGAUCAGCAAAAAUCAUGGACCAACUCAAUUUCUCUAUCGCAUACGAUCGAAAACUUUGGAGGGAAGACUUGGACGGGAGCAUAGGGUAUGCUGGGGCGUUGGGAAAAGUCGGCCUUCUGUCGAAAGAAGAAGAAAAGAAAAUAGUCGACGGACUAUCACAGGUAGAGUUUCUCGUUUUUUCCUUUUGUCGCCAUCUUGCCGGAACUGAUCCUAUUGUGGAAUCUCAGAUUAAGACGGAGUGGGAGAAUGGAUCUUUUCCGAUCAGUCCAUCCGAUGAAGACAUACACACGGCCAACGAGAGAAGACUCACGGAGCUGGUUGGAGACGUGGGGAGGAAGUUACACGUCGGCCGAAGCAGGAAUGAUCAAGUGGCUACUGACAUGCGACUUUGGCUGAAAUCCCACUGUCAAGAAGUCAAAAAGGAGCUUCUCACUCUCAUAAAGGUUUCAGUGACGAGAGCCCAAGAUGAGAUAGAUGUCCUCAUGCCAGGAUAUACUCAUCUCCAAAGAGCUCAACCGAUCCGAUGGAGUCAUUGGCUGCUUAGCCACGCUUGGGCGUUCUGGGAUGACGUGGCUCGAUUGAAGGAGAUGGUGGAUCGUAUCCUCGUGAUGCCACUGGGAAGUGGAGCAUUGGCCGGGAAUCCAUUCGCAAUCAACAGGAAGGAGUUGGCGGAAAGUCUCGGAUUCUCCCACAUCUCCCCCAAUAGCAUCCAGGCCGUCGGGAAUCGAGACUUCAUAUUGGAAUACUUAUGGUGGUCAUCAUUGGUUGGAGUUCAUCUAAGUCGUUGGGCGGAAGACCUAAUUCUCUUCUCGACGCAAGAGUUCGGGAUCGUGAAAUUGGACGAUGCCUUCAGCACCGGCUCCAGUCUCAUGCCACAGAAAAAGAAUCCCGAUUCACUGGAAAUUCUGCGAGGGAAGGCUGGCAGAUUCUUUGGAAAUCUGACUUCGCUUUACAUAAGCGUGAAGGGACUUCCAAUGGCAUACAACAAGGAUUUACAGGACGACAAAAUUGCCAUGAUGGAUACAGCAGAGAAUCUUCUGAAGCUUCUGCCUGUUGCAUCUGGGACUCUGCAAAGUUUGAAGAUUGACAGCAAUAGGGCAUACAGUCUGCUGAGUCCUGAUAUGCUGGCGACAGACUUGGCAUACUACCUGGUCCGCAAAAAGGUGCCCUUCCGAGAAGCACACGGGAUCUCAGGAAAGGUCGUAGCUAUGGCAGAGCAAAAAGGGAAAUCCAUCACAACUCUCACAGUGGAAGAACUGCAAAGCGUUUGUCCGAAGUUUGACCAGGACGUCAAAUCCGUGUGGGACUACGGUUGGAGCGUGGAGCAAUACACAGCAUAUGGAGGGACGAGUCGAGUGAGCGUGGAACAACAGAUUCAGCAACUUGAUUCCCUGCUCCGAAAGGAACUCUCCUAGCAGAAACACGUUACGUACAUCUAUAGAACACUGCAUUUUCUCUCUCGCGUAGUUAUCAUUACGAUGUAGUUCAAGGUUUGAUACAC